AUGGAUCGGGUGCGGCAGAUAUUCGAGCGCGAGAACUCGUCAGCCGCGUAUGAACCGCUACAGGGGGGAUCUGAGCGGCCAGAUGGCGAGCACAUCGAAGCAGAGGAACACGCAUUCUCAUGGACCGACUAUGCCGUCUUCACGCUGCUAGGCGUCUCUAUGCUAUGGGCUUGGAACAUGUUCCUGGCAGCAGCCCCGUACUUUCAGCGACGCUUCGAGUCCAGCGAUAAUCUACUCCGCAACUUCCAGUCUUCCAUUCUAUGCGUCUCCACCGUAGGCAACCUAGGCUCCAUGAUGGUCUUGACCAAGCUCCAGACCCGUGCCAACUACCCCAAGCGUAUCAUCGCAUCCCUCGCCCUGAACGCCGUUGUCUUCACCUUGCUCGCUAUAUCCACAAAGUUCUUCUUGAACAUAUCCGUUGGUGUCUACUUCGCCUUCCUUAUGCUCAUGGUCUUGAGCGCUAGUCUGGCGACAGGGCUCUGUCAGAACGGUGUCUUUGCAUACGUAUCGGGAUUCGGAAGAGAAGAGUAUACACAAGGAAUCAUGUCUGGCCAGGGCAUUGCUGGCGUCCUGCCUUCCAUUACCCAGAUCAUAUCCGUCCUAUCCGUGCCCAAAAAGCACCACGCCAAUGGAGCACCGCAAGAGUCAAGCACAUCUGCUUUCAUCUACUUCCUAACCGCUACUGCUGUUUCUGCUGCAACCCUGGUAGCAUUUUUCUACCUCCUUUCCCGGGCUAGCUCCAAGCAGCGCUUGUCGCACGCCUCACUCAAUGAAGGACCAGAAUACGACCCGGCUCACAGCGAGCGCAAGAGCAUACCACUAACGAGAUUGCUCAGGAAGCUCUUUUGGCUCGCCGGCGCCGUCUUUCUCACUUUCACAAUCACCAUGUUCUUCCCAGUCUUCACGCCACAAGUGCUGAGCGUGCGCGACCCUUCAACUGCACCUCGUCUUUUUCAGCCGGCGACUUUCAUACCUCUAGGCUUCUUCUUCUGGAACCUUGGUGACCUUAUGGGCCGAGUAGGACCCGCUCUGCCUGCCCUACGCCUUACGCAUCGCCCGCGCCUCCUAUUCUUCUUGUCUAUUGCGCGAGUAUUCUUCAUACCCUUGUACUUUCUCUGUAAUAUCGGUGGAAGGGGCGCCGCUAUCAACUCCGAUUUCUUUUACUUGUUCGUUUUGCAAUUACUCUUUGGCAUGACAAACGGCUACUUGGGGAGCAACUGCAUGAUGGGUUUCGCAGAGUGGGUUGAGCCGGAAGAACUUGAGGCAGCAGGGAGCUUUAUGUCAUUGUCGCUAGUUGGUGGUCUCACCACGGGAAGCUUCUUGAGCUUCUUUGCUGCACAGUCCUCGUGA